ACUGCGCCACGCUUGCACAUACACACACACAGUCUUUGCAUCACGCGUGCACUCACACUGUCAAGGUGCUUCGGCGGCAGGACUGCAGCCUGUUACUGCAGGACAGGACAGAAACACCAGAGACAGACAGGACUACCCGGAGAGGCGAGACCUUCCUUCCCAGAGAGCAACAGUUUUCGCGGCUGUCACUUCAGGAAGUCGAGGCUCCAGGGAACGCUUUUAAAAAGGCGUCUCCUCAAAGAGGGAGGGAGAAGAGGCAGCAAGGGCAAGCAGCAAGGGCAAUUGUACCCUCUCCCCGUGUAUGUCCUCUUCGCUUCCUGAUGAAAAUAGGCAGGAGUCGAGGCACAGUCUACGAUACGCGAUGGCACGACGAGCAGGGGGCGAAGCCUCCCCGAAAAAGAACACAUCCCUCAACCUGGUGACAGGGUUUUUCCACUACCUGCGCAAUGAGCAGGAGGCGGUGCAGAAAAGGACGUUCACGAAAUGGAUCAAUUCCCAUUUGGCGAAGCAUGUGCCUCCUUUGGUUGUGUCAAACCUGUUUGAAGACAUCAAAGAUGGUGUGAUGCUUCUGGCCCUUUUGGAAGUCCUCUCCGGACAAAAACUGCCAUGUGAGCAGGGCAAGAAGCUAAAGAGAAUCCACUGGGUCGCCAACAUUGGUACAGCUCUCCACUUCCUUGAGGGGAGGAAGUCUGCCUACAGAGGAUCUCCGAUCAAGCUGGUCAACAUCAAUGCCACAGACAUUGCUGAUGGACGACCAUCAAUUGUACUCGGUUUGGUGUGGACUAUCAUCCUUUAUUUUCAGAUUGAGGAGCUGACCAGUAGUUUGCUGGCACUGGAGGCCUCAUCCAGCAGCACGUCUUCUCUGGAAAGCUGCACCAGCAGCACUGAGACCACCAGCUCACCUGUAAGGAAGAAGCCCUUCCCACCUGUGCAGGGUGGAGCCAAAAGAGCCUUACUGAAAUGGAUCCAACAGACCAUCACUAAAAAUCUGGGAAUGGAAGUGAAGGACUUUGGCCCCAGCUGGCGUACAGGUUUAGCAUUCUUUUCAGUUAUUCAGGCUUUCCGGCCCGACCUAGUGAAGAUGGAGCACGUACGGAGUAGACCCAACCGAGAAAAUCUGCAAGAAGCCUUUUUAUUGGCCGAGACUGAGUUGGGCAUUCCACAGCUUCUUGAACCAGCAGAUGUAGACGUAGACAAGCCUGAUGAGAAAUCGAUUAUGACAUACGUAGCCCAAUUCCUGAAGCUUCAUCCAAGCAGAAAGCCGAGCAGCUCAGAGGUCCAAAGUGAAGAAGAGGCGGGUCUCGCUCCUUGUGACAUAGAGGAAAUGUUGGAGAGAGAGCAACGAAAGAGCCUGAGGGAGCUCAAAAUGUGGCUCGACCAGCUGGAAAGGGACAUAUUACAGGCCCAAGAGGCUGAGGGCGAUGUCACUCAUAAGUACCAGUUGUUCAAGAGUCUGCACAUACAGUUGGAGAUGAGGAGGAAGCAGGUGGAGGGAGCACUGCAGUCCACUCAGAAAGAAGGGAUGCUGACCGUUGAUCAGGCCCUCGUCAAACAGUCCUGGGAAAGGGUGUCUAAUAGGCUCCUGGACUUGCAACUGCAGCUGGACAGAUCUCUGCCCGGUCCUCUGGAUGUGGUGGGGGCGUGGCUACAUGAGGCCGAAGGCGCCCUGCAUCAUGACAUCAUCAGUCAACAGGUGCACGACAAAACGGCGACGACUGUCCACAGAGCCCUAGAACAGCACAAGAAUGUGUUGAAAAGCCUCCACACUCACCAGCAGCUUUUUCAGAUAAUCUACAAGGACAGAAGUGUUGACGGAGUUCCUGUUCCCUUAGACCAGCUCCAAGACAUGGCUGAGAGGAUGAAUUUUGUCUCUACAUCUUCCAGCAUCCAUCUGGCAAAGUUGGAAUUCCUGGAGAACAAGAACCAUAUGCAGGGCUUCCUCACUUUAGCUGAGGCCAAGCUGAAAUCCUGGAUCGUCAAAUACGGCAGUCGAGAGUCUGUUGAAAUGAUGCUUCAUAACUACGUUUCAUUUGUGGAGAAACAGCAUUUUUUUGAAAACUACGAGGGAUUGUUCCGGUCCCUGAAAAGUUCUGCGGAUGCCUAUGUCAAUGCUGACAGCUCAGCGGAUGAGGGAGAAAUGGGAGUGCGCAGAUUCAUGCGCGAAGUGGUGACUCAGUGGCGAAGUCUGUCCAUGGAAGUGCGGAGUGUACGGAGCAUGCUGGAGGAGGUGCUGUCCAACUGGGAGAAGUACAGUUCCUCUGUAGCCGCCUUGCAAGCCUGGUUGGAGGACGCAGAGACGGUUCUGAGCCAUGUGGAAAAAAACAAAGGGCAGGAGUUUUUCAAGAAUCUUGGCCACUGGCUGGAACAGCACGCUGCAAUGAACGAGGCAGGGAAUUUCCUCAUUGAAACGUGUGAUGAUGCCGUUUCGCUCGAUCUCAAGAGGCAGCUCCUCCUUUUGAAUGGACGGUGGAGAGAGGUCUUCGUCAAAGUCACACAAGUAAGCAACAAACAACAUCUGGACAAAUUUGCCAGUGCAGAUGAAGUACAGAAUUGGAAAAAGGACCACAUGAAAACCUUCACAGCUCUAAAAGACUUAUUAGAUGCAGCAGAUGCCAACCUCAGUGCACCAGUUCAGGUGUCUUUCCUCAGUGUUAGAAGUUUUCUGCAGGAAGUGGAGAAUACCAAGCAAAAGGUUGCUGCCAUGGAGACACAGUACAAGUUAGCUGCCCGCAGUGCUCAGCUCCUUCCUAAAGACGCACCUCAGGAUGAGGCUUCCAGGGUCGUGUCAAAUAUGGCAGCAGCAAAAAGUCAACUGAGUAAGGUGAGAGAACGUUGCCCGUCUGUAACAACGGAGUGUCAUGUCCUUCUGCCCCUGUUGGAGGAAAUGGAGAAGCAUUUCAGUGUUUUCUUUCAAGCUAUGGAGAGGGCCAAUCGUAUCACCUCUUCUGCCAGAGACCACGACACACUGGUCCAUGCCCAGCAACAACAUAAAUGGCAGGAUUUACUGAACCAGCAGCAAAGCUGUAAACGCUGUCUGUCUGUGAUUGAGAGAAACCAUCACACCAUACAGAGGGCGCUCUCUGCCACUAAAGUGCUCAAAAACUUCGAUCUCACUCUGCUGCAAAAAAGAGUGGCUGAAAUCAAAAGCUCAGCACAGGCUUUGCAAAAGGAGGUUGGAGAGUGGAGAAGAUGGGAAGAAGCCAACAACUGCCUAAGGAGGAGGUUUGAGGAAUCGCAUCAAGACCUGGAGAGAGUCCUGAAGAAAGCUCAGGGCUGCUUGAAAGAGACCGGAGAUGCUGAAACAUUACUGAAAAAACACACGGAUUUUUUUAGCCAGUUGGACCAGCGAGUCCUGAGCGUGUUCUUGAAAGCAUGUGAUGAGCUGACUGAUAUUUUACCAGAGGAGGAACAGCAUGGGCUGCAAGAAACUGUCCGCAGGCUGCACAAACAGUGGAAGGACAUCCAAGGUGAGGUUCCAUUUCACCUGGUCCGUCUGAAGGUGGAGGUGGAGCGAAGUCAUGCAUGUGCGAUUAUGCAGGACUACAGAGCAGAGCUGGAGAGAGAAAUGCAAACACUGUCUUACACAUGCACCAGUGAGCGAGUGAUCAAAGAGCACAGAAUGUUCUUCAGGGAACGCAAACCCAUGAUUCUGUGUGAGAAGAGGAUUAGGAACAUGGAGGCUCUGUGUCGUAACUUACCUGACAACGACCCGGCGUACAGAGCACUCGGCGCCACCAGGAGGGCUGCGGAAGAGCUCACAGAGCAAAUCAAGAGCACCCACCUCAAACUGGAGCAGCAUCCAGAUAAAUGGAAGGAAUGGAACGAGAGAUUCUGUGAGCUUUCUGAUUGGCUUUCAUCUCAGAGGCAACGGGUGAAGCUCUUGAAUGAUACAGCAAGAAAUUCCAGCCCUCGGGAGGAUGCGGAUGCUACUGUUCAGGCUCUGCAAGAAGCACUAGAGAGUCGACAGGAGAACCUGCUGUGGCUCCAGAGCCGGAUUGUGGAGCUUUCUGAUGUUAGUUCUGAACUGGAGGUCCAGAGGCAGAGAAUGGCACUGACCAAACUCUCGGCUGACCUGCGGAUGCUGUUGUCUUCACUUUGUCAGUGGGGUGAGGAGUCCUCUGCUGCAUUCCAGUAUGAAGAGCUGAGGGAGGAAGUGCACAACAGUCUGGAGGAGGUAGAUGGGGCAGGCAGGGAGGCAGAGGAUCAGGCAAACAGGAUCCUGGAUGCUGAGGACUUUGAGGAAGCGAGACAACUCCGCCUUAUUGACCAGGCUACUUUGUCUUCCUGGCAGAAUUUUGAGGCAGAGAGGGAGACAAUUUGGAAGUUUAUCAGCAAUACCAACAAUGAGCUGCACAAACAUCUUAUUUUCAACAGCAUGGACAGUCUGAGAACUGAACUGGAGCACAACAAGGAGCUUUUGAAGACGGCUGAGGACUGCUGUGUGCAAGCAGAUUUGCUGUUGGAGAAGGCGGUGGACAUUCAGCUCGGACCAAAGAAUCAAACUCUUCUUGUACAGCAGGCUCAGUCCACUAGAGACGCCAUCAUACAAAUUCAAGACCAUCUCAAGAAGAAUGUUAUCCAACUAGAAGUGGUUUUUGUGCGGUGGGAGCGUCUCAGCAGUGAGUUAGAGGACAUGUCUUUGUGUAUCAGUGAGAACGAGAAGAAGCUGGAGUCUGUUAACCCCACCUCCUCCUCAGAGCUUCUGGGCAUACACAUUAGCACAGUCGAGGUGGUGGGCGCGAGUUUAGAAGAGAGAAGGGCAGCCUUGGCAAACAUGGAGACCGAUUAUGAAGCAUUGUCUGGUUUCGUGACGCCGGGGGAGGCUGCGCGUAUCCAGGCUCGACUCGCUCACCUGAGGCACUACUGGGAAGAACUGAAAGGACGAGUAGAGCAACUUGGUAGACAACUCAACCAGACUGUCGCCUACAGGCAGAGAUACAAUGACAACUUUAAACAGGCCAAGAGAAUGGCAAAUGACCUCAAAGAGAAGCUGGACUGUCCGGUGAUGUAUUGUACAUCAUCAUCUGAGACCUACAGAUGCCUUCAGGAUCACAUGGAGGUCUGCAACAGUAUUGAGCAGCUGCAACCCAGGCUGACUGCUUUUUCUGCAGCUGUGAAGAGGUUUGGAGAGGAAAGCCAACUUGAGGAAGAGGUGGCUAACCUCCAGAGACAACACGGAGAGAACGUGGAAAAGGCAGCAGCAAAGCAAGCCACAAUAGAGCGCCUUUUUGCUCUGUGGCAAAGGUUUGAAAAGGAGAUUUCCUCCAUGAAAAGCUGGCUUGACAAAUGUGAGUCUGUUUGCUGUCCAGAAACAGAACUGCUUUCUGUUGACAAAGUAAAGCUUAGAACCGAAUUACAACAUGUUCAGGAAAUACAGACUGAGAUGCCGUCAUAUGAAGCUCUCCUCCAGGGUCUUGUGAACCAUGGCUUGGGUCUGUAUCCCACAGCACCUUCAGCUCGCAUCAACGAGCUUACGGACGAUCUCACACAACUGAAGGAAAGAUGCUCUUCUCUGAAGAACAGUGUGACACACAGGCUUGAGCUUAUUGACUUGCAUUUGUCAAAAUUGGAUCUGUUUGAUGAGACACUGCAAACCUUGACCCAUGAGAGCAAGAACUUCCUCGCUGUUUUAAGAAGUGCUUCUCAGAUUGAUAUUUUCAACCUCAAUGCUGCAGUUUGUAAACUCAAGGAGCAUGAGGCACACUUGCAGAUGCAUGCAUCACUGUUGCAAACUCUCCAGCAAAGAGAGUCCAUUCUGCUUCAUUGCUCCACCUCAGAAGCCCAACAACAGCUCCAAGGAUGGAAGGCGGACUGCCAGCAAGCCCUGGGUGAAUGCCAACGUCUGCUGCUCCUCCGUAAAGAGUGUCUGGAAGAGUUAGGACUUUUUCUUGAGAAGCAUGCUGUGGAAAAUAGGGCUGUGCGCCACCUUCGUGAGGCUGUGGAAGGACGAGGGAGCUGGGACCACUCCAAAGCUGAAGAGCUGCAUCACAGAAUCAGGGAAGUGGCUAAAGAUGUUGCCCGACUUGAGGCUCGAGCAGUAGGGUUGGAUGGAGAGCUACACAAGGCACACCUGCACCUGUGUGGGGCAAAGUAUCAAGGCUGCAGGGAUGUGAGCCAUCCUCAGGAAAGAACUUCUUGCAGGGAGCAGGCGCUGUCCCUUACAGUGGCACUGGAGGAGGUACAGAGAGCUGUAGGAUGGCGGCAAAGUGAAGCAGAUACUUUAGCAGCCCUGUGGAGCACCUUCAGGGAGAGGAAGGAGGAGGUGAUCAAGCAUUUGAAGAAACUAGAAGAUGAAGCAAGGCUAGAGGGGACCAAAGAGACAUCUGUACAGGCUUUUCAAAACAGGCUACGUUUUUUCGUCCAGCUGGAGGAUGAGCUUGAAUCCCUGCAGCACUCUCAGCAGUGGCUUGAAGAGAAGGGAAGCCAGCUGGCCCAGAAGGACAGAGAGUUGGCUGGAGAGGCCCUCAGGGAGGUGGCCUUGGUGAAGACCACCUGGGAGAACAUCAGGUUGUUGAUCACUAAUGGACAGGAACAGAGUGGAGAAGUGAUAGAUCUUCUGCGUCGGUUUCACAACCUCAUGUUGGACCUCAGCACUGCUGUGGAGAAUGCUCAGACUGUCGCUCACAAUCUGCCCAACCAUAACCACAACUCUCAGGAGGCCAAGAGGAUUUUCAUACGGCAUGAGGCAGUUCAAGCUGAACUGAGAUCCAAACAGGAAGACAUGGACCAGCUCAUCAGCACAGCGGAGGAGCUGCAGAGAGAAUUGGAGAAGGUUCCUAAAGCUGAUGCAUGUUCCAUCCAGAAGGACGUGGAGACACUGAGAGACCAGUGGCUUGAGGUCUCAGAGAAAAUUCAAACCAAUACAGAGAGACUGGAUUAUUGUGUAGCUCUGUGGGGUGACCUGAAGACCACGGAGCAAGACGUUAACCAAUGGGCCGCCACCGUCGUCGCUGAUCUUACAGACUGUGUCACCAAUCUUAGUGACAAGGAGAAGACAGAGGCCCAUCUGACAACUUUUCAGGCAGAGGUUGAGAAAAGGGAUCAGACACUAGAUGCCCUGCAGGAGCGAGUGAUUGAGCUGAAAGAGCUUGCCAAACUUCAGGAAGUCCCACUGCAAAUGCAGGUCCUGGAGUCUGACCUGAGGAGGAAAAUCUCACAUGCUCUGGAGGUUUACAACCAGACCAAACACACUCUGACCUACUUCAGCUUCCAGAAGCAACGAUUAGAUGACCUCAUGUCCCAGAUGUCUGAGCGGCUGGAGGGAAUUGAGAGUUCCCUUUCUGACCCUCCCUCAGGCGUCUCUCCUGAAGACAUUAAUACAUUUAAGGAUCUGCAGUGUGUUUUGCAGCAGCAAAGAGCAGACAUGGACUGUGCUAGAGAUACUCUGAGUGCGAUGUGCAGGUCACAUCCCUCUCAGGAGCUGUCGCGUCUCUCCUCUGUCCUCACCUCCAUUGCAAAGAGAACAGAGGCUGUUUCCCAGCGCUGCACCAGGACCAGAGGAAACCUCCAGGAUGGACUACAGCUCCACUUUAAUGAGCUUGUCCAGCGUUACCGCUCCCGACUGGAUGAUCUCAAGUUGGAGCUAAAAGAUUGUGCGAACCAGUCGGGGGAUGUUGCCGCCCUUGGAUCCAAAUUGCAAAGGCUGAAGGUGUCAGCAGAGCAUACGUCGGAGGGCGAGGAGCAUCUGUCACAGAUUUGUGAGGAAGCUGAGAGAAUCAAACUUCACCUCUCCAAAGCUGGAUCAGCGCAGGUCCAAGAGUGUCUCUUGUCUUGUCGGAAAGAGUGGAGGAGCUACGUGGAGAGGUUCUCUGAGUGCCAGCAAGAUCUGGAAACGAGUAUUAACCUUCUGGAGAACUUUGAAGAGCGCGUGGAGGAUAUAGAAGAAUGGCUGAAGCAGACGGACUUUGCUCUGAAGACUAAUCCAGUUGUUGAGGCGGACGUCCAGCAAGGAGCUCAUGACGUCAGCAAAGAUCUGGCGAGGCUGGAGAAAAUUUACGACGAGCUCCUAGUAAGAAGAGACUCUGUGGAGCACCUCUGCCAGGAAGCUCAAUCUCUGUCCGAGGCAGGACGGGGGUCAGGAGGAGAGCUGAAAGUGAUGUCCCAAAUCCAGAUGGAGCACCAAAACCUAGUGAAGGAAGCUAGGGAGAAACUACGAGGCUGCCAAGAGGAGUCAGGCCUUUGGGAGACUCUUCAAGGGGUUUGGGCCUGGUUAGAGGAGAUCCAAGAGCGACUGGGCACAGCAGAUAGCACCAUGGGGUCAAAAAAGCAGUUGGAGCAAAGACUGGAGACUGUCCAGGAUAUCCUACUGCUGAAGGGGGAGGGGGAAGUCAAGCUGAACAUGGCAGUGGGUAAGGGGGAGUUGGCGCUGCGCAGCUACGGUGCAGCCGAACAGCAAGUGGUCCGUUCUCAGCUUCAGGAAGUGGAGGAUGUGUGGGCAACGCUGCUGGUCACAGCCAUGAGCUGUCACAGUCGAUUGGAGUGGACGGUGUCUCAGUGGGGAGGAUACUUGGAUAGUGCAGCCCAGUUGCAGUGCUGGAUGGAGGCUGUAGAGCGAGAGGUGUGUUGCCCUCUCACCCCACAACCAGGUCCCAGAGAGAAGGCCUCCCAACUGGACAGGCUGAGAACAAUGCUGGCUGACAUGGAAGACCACCAAGUUGCGCUAUCCAGCCUGGAGGAAAAGGCCAGAGAGCUCUUCAAGAAGACUGGCGAUGCCAGCUUUAACUACGGUGCUCGUACCCAGUUACAGGCGCAGAUUGAUGACCUCACAACAUUAGUGGAGGAGAGAGUACACUUGGCUCAGGCUGUGGUGCUGGAGCACCAGGGAUACCUGGAGGCUGUCAGGGAGCUCACCGAUUGGCUAAUGUCUGCAGGGGAGGAGCUACAGCAUUGGUCUGAUACAUCAGGAGACUCUGCUUCUGUCAAAAAGAAACUAUCAGAAGUGAGGGAGCGCGUGGAAUGCCAACUCCGAGAAGGCCGCGAAUAUAGCAGUCGGGUGCGUCGGAGCGCUGCAUCCACAGCCGAGCACACGGCGGCAGGCGGCUGCGAGGCCAUGGACCGACAGCUGGUGGCGCUGUCCCAGGCUCUGGAGCAAUGGGAGGGAGCUGCUCUCCGUGCCCGGGACAGCCUGGAGGAGGCGCUGGCCGCCGCCGGCCGCUCGGAGAAGGAAUACGACGGCCUGACCGCUCGGCUCGAGGAAGAACUCAAAGAGCUGGAUGACCGGUAAGGUUGGAGCCAGGAGCUGAUUCGCGCAGAAGGGCGGAGCAAUGGGGAGGAGGCGUGGAAGGAUGCAGCUGGCUAAGGUGCUGAUACGCUGGAGGGCUUGCAGAGCGCCGAGCCAAUGGCAGAGAAGUUGAAGGGCCAGUUGGACGAGCUGGUGCGAUACUCCAGGGACCUUGGCUCGCAGUCUGAACCGGGUCUGGCGCUCAUCAAGCAGCACAACAGUCUCAGUCUCCGUGCAUCCAGGGAGUGUCAAAAUAAGGAGCGCUUGUUGGAGCAAAGGUUCCGUGCAGCUCUGAGAGACUUCCAACAGUGGUUGGUCAACGCCAAAAUCUGUACUGCCAAAUGUUUCGAUGUGCCGCAGAGUGUCGCCGAGGCCACCACAUCUCUGCAGAGAGUCCACGAGUUCCUGAGUGACACGGAGCACGGCCAGGCCAGACUGAGUACAGUUGGAAACAGCGGGGAGCUGCUGAUGGCCGUGGUGUCCAAAGACAGGCUGGAGGGAAUCAAGACCAAAGUGGCAAAUGCAAGAGAAGACUGGAAGAGCCUCAUGACAAGUCUACAGAUGAGAGAGGACGUACUUAAGAACUUGCAGACUCAGAUGACAGACUUUGAAGUCAGCGCUGAGCCUCUCCAAGAUUGGCUGAACAGCACAGAGGCCAGAGUUCAGGAAAGCAGUGCUCGGCUGCACGACCUCCUAGCCAAGAAAGAGGAGCUCAGCAAAUUGCAGUGUUUUCUGGAGGAGAUGGCCAGUCGGGAGGCAGAGCUGAGCAGGCUGAGGGAAAGAGCUCAUCGUCUCUGGGAGGGACAAGCCGCCGGCAAAGGUUUUGUCCACCGUGUAUCCCAGCUGUCAGCACAGUACCUAGCCCUCAGCAACUUAGCCAAGGACAAGGCUUCCAGAAUGGAUCGUAUCGUAGGGGAACACCGCCUCUUCUCACAGGGCCUGAAGGAGCUCCAGGACUGGGUGUGUGAUGCUCAGAAGGUCCUCAAGGCCUGCAUUUCCACCACCACUGAUAAGGGGGUGUUGGAGGACAAGAUGUUACAGCUGGAAGCCUUGUUGGCUGCUCAUCAAGAGAAGGAGAUCCAGCUAAAGAUGUUGCUGACACGUGGAGAAGCGGUCCAGAGGAACACGUCUGCUGAGGGAGUCCCAGUGAUUCGCAAACAGAUCCAAGACCUUAAGGACUCGUGGGACUUGUUGCUUUCUGCCUCCAUCCAGUGUAAAAGUCAACUGGAGGGCGCUCUGUCGCAGUGGACCAGCUAUCAGGAAGAUGUGGGUCAGUUUGUGCUGUGGAUGGAGCGGGUGGAGGACGUGCUGAGCUGCUCAGACAGGCAGUACUGUGAGAUGAGAGACAAGACAGCUAACCUGGGAAAGUCCAAGCUGCUUUAUGAAGAAGUAUUGAGUCACAGCAGUCCUCUGGAGACCAUCGCCACAAAGGGUUCAAACAUGACUGAACAUUAUACGACCCAGCAGGAGGUGCAGCAGCUGCAGUGUAGAUAUAAAACCCUUAAAGACAAGGCCAAGAAUGCCGUUAGCAAAGCUAAGGAGAUGGUGCUGGUCCAUCAGGAAUAUCAGAGGGGGUUACAUGUGUUUGAGGACUGGCUGGAACAGGAACAGGCCACUCUGGCCUCCUUGUCCCAUUCAGAGGGCAAUGUGGAUGCACUAGAGAAUACACUGCAACACCUACAGCUCCUGCAAGACUGCUGCUCGCAUGGCCAGACUCUGCUGUCCUCCGUGCUGACCAGCAGACAGCGGGUAAUUCCUUGGGGUAUCCCCCAGAUUGAGGAUCGAGCCCUGGACACCGCUCAGCGAGACUGGGGAGCCUACGAGGGCCGCUUGGAGGAAACUAGGGCCCAGCUGAGCACCACGCUGACCAGACUGAGGCAGAUAGGACAAAGGUUCUUGAGUCUGGCCCAGUGGAUGGAAGAAAUGGAGACGGCGGCUAAUGUCAGACGUGAUCGGAAAUCAGACCGAGCCACUAAGGACAAUCAGCUGAAGCAACUGCAGGGGUGUGUUGAAGCAGUGCUGGCACAACAGGGCGAAGUUGAUGGCAUCUCCUCACUGGCCCAGCAGGUUCUGGAGGACACCCACAUCAGCGGUCACGUUAGUGUUACCGCCACCCAGCUCACUGCUCGCUAUCAUUCCCUGCUGCUCAGUCUACAGGACACCAUCAGGCAGUUGCAAGAGGAGCUGAAGAGCAUUGAUGAGGCUAAGAACCUGUGCAUGUCCUUCACUGACUGGCUCAGGUCUGCCCAGAAAAGCUUCAGAACCGUGACCGACUGUUCAGAACCUCUGGAUCAGGUCACCGUGGAGAAGAAGAUAAAGAAACUGGAGACUCUCCAGACUGAACUCAAGCAUGGUCAUGGGUUUAUGAAGUCUCUAAGAGAACGAGCAGAACAGGCAGCAGGCUUCCUGGACGAGGCUGGAGCCGAGGAUUUAGGAGGGGAGGUAGAGGCGCGCCUUGCCCAGCUGGAGGAUCUUGCCAGUGGAUUGAGGAAAGAACACAGCUUUCUAGAGCGGGCAUUACUGCUAGUUAAGGAGUUUCAGGACCGAUACAAAGCUCAGGCCCAGUGGCUGGUGGAGACUAUGGCCUUACUCAGUACCCCGGUAGAGCCCAAGGCUGAACUUUACCAACGGCGAGCGCAGCUGGCUAAGUACAAGGGUCUUUUGCAGAUGGUUCAGUCCCAUGAUGGAUCUAUCAAAUCAGUGGUGGAGAAGGGAGAAACCCUGCUGUCCUUGGUCCAUGACACCUCUGUCAGAGACAACAUGAGCAGAUUGCAAAAUGACUACACAGAACUCUACAACAUGGCCAUGUCCCAUGUGGAGAAUAUGGAAGUCCAGGUGAAGAAACUGGAAGUUUACCACAGUGAGCUCCAGGAAGUGGAGCGUUGGCUUCUCCAGAUGUCCAGCAGGAUGGUCACCCCUGACCCCACAGUUGGCGGAAGCCUGGAAGCAGCCACUCAACAGCUGGCCAGGCACAAGGCCAUCAUGGAAGAAAUAGCAAGCUUUGAAGAUCAAUUAGCAGGCCUGAAGGAGCGAGGAGACCACCUGGUGCAAGGUUGCAGUGAGCGCGUGCAGAACAGGCUCAGACAGCAGAUCCAGGCUCACCAGCAAGGCACCAGAGACAGCUACUCUGCCAUCUGUAGCACGGCACAGCGAGUGUAUCAAAGUCUUGACCAUGAGUUGCAGAGACAAGUGAGUCUACAUGAUACUUUACAGCAGUGCCAGAAGUGGCUGUCGUCCGUCUCAGAGGAACCGGACCCUCCGAUGCAUCCUGCACUCAGCCUGGAGGAUGCAUUACAGCAGGUGAAGCAGGAGCAGGCUCUCCAGGAACAGGCCAACACUUACCUCCAGCUUGUGUGCUCAACCUGUGACCUGUCAGAGCCAAGGGUCAGGGAAACGGCAGCUGCUAUUCAACAGAUCAAACUGCAGACUGAGGAGCAUAUGCUGAUUUGUGAGGAGGUCGCAGACAGCUGGAAGGACUUUGAGGAGCAGAAGGCAGAUCUGGAGCUCCAGCUAAGAGAGACAGAGCAUCAACUUCAGAACCUCAUCAGGAGACCUGCAGAACUGGAGCCUAAGAUUGCACAAAAUCAGCUGGAUAAGGCACAGGAGUUCCUUCAGCAGAUUAGGGAGAAGCAGACGGAGGUCACGCACUUGCACGAGGCCAUCGGCAGGCUGACGGAGGGGCAGGACUCUCCUAUGCUGGAGGAGCUGGAGAGUCUGAGGAAGAGCUGGAUUGACGUGGGUCAGCGUGCCGAGGAGCUGGAGGCCCAGCGUGGGGAGGACAUGCAGCAAAGCAUGGAGUACCAGGAGAGUGUCGUUGCUGUGGAGGAACUCUUUAAUCAAGUGUCCAGGGAGUGGGACUACCUCGCCAGGGCAGACACAGAAAGUACCAGUGAACAUCUAGAAGCUCUAAGAAAACUAUCCAGUGACUUGGAGGAACAGAAAGGAACCUUAGAAGACCUGAGAGAACAUAAACUGAACGUUCUACCUCGACUUAACCUGCUCGACAAGGAGCUGGUCAAAGAACAGGUGGCACAUUUGGAGCAUCGCUGGAUCCAGCUUGAGAAUCUGAUCCAGCAAAAGAUCCAGGACUCAGCACAGACCCUUGAGGAUUUGGCCCAGGUGGAGACUCAGCUAACAGAUGCCCGAGGGUGGGUGGAACAGCAGCGGACAGCCCUUACUUCAGUGCUGAAGACCAGCCCACCUCCCGAUCUGGCUCAGAGAUUCCUGUUUGACCAUCUGAGUGUGUGUGUUGAACUGGAGGCACGUCAGCAACUUUUGGGUCAAGCGGUGAGCGAGGCCCAGGCUGUGGCCUCCAGGCUGGGGCUGAGUGAGAAGAGAUGCCUACAGGAGCUCGUUGAUCAAGCCCAGACUGAAGUGGAGGCUCUGGGGGUUCGGGUGGCCCAACGGAGGAAAUACCUCAGUAAGGCCUUCACAGAGAGAACACAGUUUCUUCAAGGCCUGGGGAGGGCGCUGUCAUGGGUGCAGCAGCAGGAGAGAAAGGCUUUAGUAGAUGACCACAUCGCCCUUCUACCUGAAGAUGUGUCCAAACAGGUUGCUGCAUGCUGGGGGAUUCAGAGUGGCUUGAGAUCAUACCAAAGGGAGCUGGUGUCACUUUGGGCACAAGGGCGAGAGCUGGAGAGAGAUGCUACUGACAAAGAGAGAGCAGAAACCCUGGCAAGACUUGAGGAGCUAAAGUCAGCCUUUGAGGUUGCCUUACAGAGGACCACCCAGCGCCUCACCGAGUUGGAAAAAGCUUUAACCUCCAGGAAGUAUUUUCAGGUUGACCUGGAUAAAACAUGCCACUGGUUGAGACAAGCAGAGACCAUCACAUUCUCAGAAAUCAAUUUAAGCAGCAUUGAUGAUGCUUCAGAGUGGCAAAGACAACUGUCCAAUUUUCAAAGUGUCCUAGAACAAGCUUCAGAGUAUGAGAACCUUCUCCUCAUUGUCCAAAGAAUAGGCCAGGAGAUCCUCCCUACUCUGAAUGAGACUGACCACUGCUACCUAGAUGAGCGUCUUAACGCUCUUCCUCAGCAGUACAACAGCAUCCUUGCUCUAGCCAAAGAGAAAAAAGACCGAAUCCAGCAAAUAAUCAUGGAGCAAAAAGAGUUCAGCACUUUCCUUGAUGCUACUCGUAAUGCACUGGAGGAGCUUCAGGAGCAAUUUGACAAUCUGGAAAAGCAGACUAUCAGUAUGAGCGAAGAGGAGCUUGUUUAUCUGACUAAUGAGUACAGGAGUGUAAAUGGGGGCUUAUUGCGUGUUUGUGAUGCCGUGAGAGAACUUCAUUGUAAAAAAGAGGGGUUUCUCAGUAAGGGUCAACAAUACAAGACUGAAGAGGUGCAGCAGCUGGGCACGCUACAUAAGACGCUCCAAAGGAUGACUGAUGAAAAAAUUCAACACUUAGAUAAUUCUACGAAAGCUCUAGCUCAGCAGAACAGAGUCUCAAACAAGCUGCAUUCAGAAUUAAUGUCUGUGAAAGAGAGGUUACUUAUUCUGAAGUCAAACAGAGAACUAAGUGCCAUAGAUAAAAUAUCAAGUCUUUUGCUCCUUCAAAGUCUGGAUUGCGUGAACUCUCAGGCUGAAGAAUGUAAUCACCAAACCAAAGACCUUGGUCUGACCUUUGAUCCCUGUGCCUUUCAGGAAAUUACAACGAAGCAAGAAUCCUUGCAGGCUUUGCUGUGUGAAAUCAAGUGUUUUAUCGAGGAAAGCGAGAAGAACGUUGAAAAAAAUGAAGAUUUUACAAGAGAGAUUGAGACGAUGGAAUGGUUGAGGAUAAGGAAGGAAGAAAUGGGGCAGCCGUUGGUCUUUCCCGAGGUUAAAAGUGAGAGGGCGCGAGAGGAGGCACACAAAUUGAAAAUCACCGAAGAGGAACUGAAGCAGAUAAGACGAGCAGAAACCUUGGGUAGAAGAGAAAAGCAAACAUUUUGCAAGACAAAAGAAGCCGCUAGAGCCAACAUAGAUGAGAAACUUGAGGAGCUAGUGACGCUGGGAGCUGAAGUUCACAAGAGCUUCAUGCAAACAGGUACGUUUGCGGAUCAAGUGCUAUCCCUCAUCCAGAAGCACCACUUAUCUCAGAAUUCCAUUGAGAAAUGGCUGGAUUGUACAACGGCUUUGCUGCAGAAGGCCAGCUUUGGUGUGGAGUUUGAGAACCACACGGAUUAUAUCCAGAACCUGGAAGACAUUUCAGCCCAGGCAAAAGAAUGCGCUGCUGCGUUGGAGGAAGUGAGGACUUUGACUCCUCUUCUGGCCCAGUUUAUGGAACCAGAAGCAAUGAGCAAACUCGGAGAGAAAAUUGAAGAAAUGCAGCGGAGAAACACGGAAGUCAAACACCAAAUGGACAGUUCCAGAGAGAACCUGCAAAGGUGUGUGGCUCGGUGGACCGUCUUCCAACACGAGCGAGAGACGUUAGUUCAACAAAUGAAUGACAUAGUAGAAUCAAUGACCACGUUCACUACGUCUAAAGCUGUCAGUAUCCAGCAGGCAGAGGACAAGUGUCACAGAUACAAGUCUCUAGUGAUGUGCAUCGACCAGCUAGAAGUUCCUCUGAACGUUUUGAAAGAGAAGGCAUCAGAGUUGGAACAAGUCAGCUCUGAGUCCAGCAAAGCUGUUGCGGGCCACUCUGUGUCAUCACUGUGGCAACGCUGGAGCAGGCUGCGCAGUGUAGCCCGAGCCCAAGAGAGGGCGCUGGAGGACACGGUGAGAGAGUGGAGGAACUUCACUGAGAAGUUGGAGAAGGUGGGCUCGGUGUCCGCAGACCUCCACAGUCGUGUCCCAGACAGCACAGUUGAGAAGGCAGCCACUAGGGCGGCGCUUCAGAGCUUGCUGGAGUACCACGACUCAUUCAGCUCGGAGGUGGAGAGGGAGCAGUCCAUCUUGGCCCUACUGGGGCAGCACACUCGCAUCCUCAGAGGAGAGGAGGAGGGCCAGGAGAACGGACACGAUGAGACGCAAUACCUGCAAGAGAUUGGAAGCAUGCAGGAGCAGUAUGACAGUCUUGUGCUCCAGGUGCGGGCGAGCAGGGCCCAGGUACAGCAGGAGCUGAGGGAGAGGGAGGAGGUUGAGAAGGAGCUGGGUUUGGUCAAAGGCUGGAUCCAAGACACUCGUGGUUUGCUGCUAAGUCCAAAUGCAGAUCUGGAUUCACUGCUGCAAGAGUUGGAGACGGCACAUGGUGAGGUCAUCAGUCGACGUCAAAGCGUGGAACGUAUGACUGAGCUGCAGCAGUCUAAGUACCAGGAUCUGCAGGCUGCUCUGCCCUCAGAACUCAGCAUGCAGCUGGCUGAGGUGGCUCUGGCUCUGGGAUCUGCAGAAGACCAGGUCCAGGCACGAGAAAGGGAGGUGCAGCAGACCAGAGAUGUGAAGGAGGAUUUCGGCUCCAGACUUGUGGACAUUCAGGCUAAGCUGAAGAACAUCACUGUGAAAUUGGAAGACAGGGGUGCCGACCUGGAGGAGGCCAAAGAAGAGACCAAAACUCUGUGUGAAGAGUGCGAAUGCUGUGCUCGCACUCUGGCCGAGUUGGGAGGAGCAGUGCAGGAGUUUGGGGAGCAGAACCCGCUGCUGUGUAAGCAGUUGGGAGACGCUGUGGCCAAACUGAUUGAGAUGCAGUGCCAAACCACACAGCAGGCCCAGGACAGAGCCAAUGGACUGAAAAGGGCAGAGCGACAGGCUGAGGAGUAUAAUGGAAUGAAGUCUUUCAUUCUGGGCUGGGUGCAGAAGGCGGAGGCUCUGGUUACGAGUAACAUCAUUUGGAGUUCUGCAUCCCAGCUGCAGGAGCAAAUCAGAUCUCACCAGGCGCUGCUGCGGGAGUGUCGAGGUCUCCAUGGUGACUUGGAGGCCAUGGCGGAGAGAGAGGAACAGCUGGGGAAGGUGUUACAAACGGAGGGAUGGAGCCAGCAGGUGAAACACCUCAGCCGGCGCACCGAGGAGCUGCAGCAAACCGCCAGGUCUCGGCUCCAGAGUCUGCAGGAUGCAACUAAGGACAUGCUGCAUCUGGAGGCAGAAGUGAAGAACCUCCAUGCUGCCGUGGACCAGGUCCAGGUUACACUCGCCUCACCUGAGCUCAACAGACUCAGCCUAAGAGAGCAGCUCACACAGAGGCAGCGUCUGCUGGUGGAAAUGGAGAGCUUCAAACAGCAGGUGGCGGCAGUACAGCAGUGUCAGAGCGCCCUCCGGCUACCAGAGGAGGUAGUAGCCAAUCUUCCGAUCUGCCGCACAGCACAAACCCUGCAGCAAGAAGCCAGCCAACUGCAGCAUACCACCAUCCAGCAAUGCAACAUACUGCAGGAGGCCGUGGUGCAAUAUGAGCAGUAUGAACAGGAAGUGAAGAACCUCCAGCGACUGAUAGAAGAAGCCCACCGCAUUAUUCAUGAUCGGCCCGUCUCCACGAAUAACAUUCAGGAACUUCAGGCUCAGAUUCACCACCAUGAGGAACUGGCCCAGAAGAUCCGCGGCUACCAGGAGCAGAUCGCCUCGCUCCACUCCAAGUGCAAGAUGCUGACCGUGAAGGCCAAGCACGCCACCAUGCUGCUGACGGUCAGCGAGGUUGAGGGCCUUUCGGACGGCGUGGACGAGCUAAGUGAUGAGGAGCUACCCAGCGCUGUGGCAGCCGUUACCUCAGCUGACGCCAAGCAGCUUCCAGCACACCCCUCUGUUGUCAUGAUGACAGCCGGCCGUUGCCACACGCUCCUCUCCCCUGUGACAGAGGAGUCAGGGGAGGAGUGCACCAACAGUGAGGUUUCCUCUCCCCCUGCCUGCCGCUCCCCCUCCCCGGGGGCUAACGCUGAUGCUCCUCUUAACCAGAGUCGAGCUGGUCUAAGUCGAGCACCCCUGCAGGAACUGUAUGACCCAUCUAUGGAGACCAGCACCGCUAAUCUGGAUGACCUGCAGAGGUCAUGGGAAACACUCAAGAAUGUGAUCAACGAGAAGCAGAAGAGUCUGUACGAGGCUCUUGAGCGGCAGCAGCAUUAUCAGGAGUCCCUGCAGUCGAUUUCCACCAAGAUGGAGUCCAUCGAGGCAGCACUCAACGAGGGCCUGGAGCCCAGCAAGAGUCCCGAGAGCCAGAUGGCUGCACACCAGGCUUUGAUGGAUGAGAUUCUGAUGCUGCAGGAUGAGAUCGGUGAGCUGCAGAUGUGUUUCUCUGAAGAGCUGGCGGACGCCGAUGGCGACGGCGAUGCCGGCGACCAGCUGGCUCUGCAUUCCACCCUCACUGUGCUGGGAGAGAGGAUGGCCACCAUUCGCAUGAAAGCCUCUGGAAAACGGCAGCUGCUGGAGGAGAAACUCAGUGAACAACUAGAAGAGCAGCGACAGGAGCAGGCACUCCAGCGUUACCACAGUGAGGCGGAGGAGCUUGACCACUGGCUGCUCAGCACUCGUGCAACGCUAUGCUCCGCCCUUCAGCCCUCAAAUGAAGACAUGGACAUGGAAGAGCAGCUUAUUGACUGUCAGAACAUGCUGUUUGAGAUCGAGCAGAAGGUGUCGUAUCUGUCGGAGCUGUCUGUCCACAGCGAGAGCUUGCGGUUGGAGGGUCGGGCCGAGACCAAGAGUGAGGCGGAACAGCUCAGCGUCAAACUGCGCUCCCUUAAAGACAGCCUGAUGGAGCUGCAGCAGAUGCUGCAGGACAAACAGGUUGAUAUACAGGGUUCCUUGCAAGAGCAGGAGGACAGUGAACCAGAUUCAUCUCUGUCCCAGAGUCCUAACGUCCAGGACUGGCUGUCCCAGGCUCGUUCCACACGCACACAGCAGCACCAUGAGAACCUACUUCGGCAGAGGGAGCUGCAGGAGCAGGUGGCUGAACAGAGGCGUCUGCUCCAGUCUGUCGUCAGUGUUGGAGAAGAAUUACUUAGUCAACAAAUCUCACCCAGUGUGGACGGUGAGGUUUCUGUACCAGGAGGAGUGUUGUUGGAGACGGAGUGCUUGUCUCCUCCGGAGCAGCUGAGACAGCGCUGGGAGAACCUGAGUAAAGAUCAGAACACAAAGCUGCAAUUCUCCCUCAACUACCUGGAUCAGGACCAGCUCAGCCCGGUUAUCCACCGGUCCCGUUUGUCCAGUCCCACUCUGGUGUGCUGCGGUGAAUACGCUAACCAAAGCUCUCCCAAAGCUUUAUUUGAAGCCUGCAGCCAAACUCUGGGACAAAUUGCAGAAGAGACAGUAGGUGGUGAUGGUACGCUAUCUUUAGGUGAAGCAACAGUCCUUCAGGAUCUGUAUGAUGCUGUAUCAGCAGCCUCCAGGUGGUUGGAUGACGCAGAGAAUCAGCUGCUCUCUUGUCCUGUGCUGCCCUACGGGGACACGGAGUCACAGCUCUCUCAUCUAGAAGGCCUAAACAAGAAGCUGAAGGAGAUGAACAUGGAGGUGAACCAGUGCAGAGACCUGCUGGGUGGAGGGGUGGGCUGGCUGUGCGGAGGCGAGGAGCGCGCCCUGAUGGAGGACACUCUGGAGGGGCUGCAGGAGAGGAUGGGCCUGCUGGACGGGACUCUGUUACAGCACUGUGAGGGCAUGAGGGACCGACUACAAGAACACUCAACCUUCCAGAAUGAGCUGAGGAUGCUGGUUACAGCGCUGUGUGAAAGUAAACAGCAGCUGCUACAAAAGAUGGCUGGAAGUCUGGACAGACCUGCAUUCAAACAAAUAGAGACAUUUUCAGAUAUUGAGGACAGUCUGAGGGACUUUGAGCAGAGAAUGACUGAGCUAAAGGCCAAAGCCGAUGGGCUCCAGUCUGACUUCAGUCAAGAACUACUUCGACUUCAGGAUUCAUUUGAAGAGUUGGUGUUGAUGAUGGGGUCCAGGCGGAGCAGCUUGAACCAUGGGUUGUCUCUUAAGACUCAGUAUGAAGCCGCCCUCUGUGACCUCACCGACAUGGUGGACACUGCCCAGGACAAGAUGGCAGCUGACCAGAAGAUGACAGUAGCCUCCGUCAUAGAAGUUCAGAUGUUGCUGGACAAACACAAAGAGUUCUUCCAGAGUCUGGAAUGCCAUAUGAUCCUCACUGAGACAUUUUCCAGCAAAGUGUCUACUUUGAUGGUGCAAAGGGAACGGCAGGUCCUCGAGGAGACCAUGGCUUUAGCCCACAGUGUUCUCAAACAAGCCCAUAGGAGAGGGGUGGAGCUAGAGGGAAUUUUGGAGUCAUGGAGCAGGCUGGUGGAAGAGUACCAGGCUCUGUGUAGACAGCUGGAAGCUGUGGAGAGCAGCAUCCCGACUGUUGGUCUGGUAGAGGAGACAGAAGAGAAACUUGUCGAAAGAAUCAGUCUGUACCAGCAUCUAAAGGCCAACUUGACAGAACAUCAGCCACAACUCUACCAGGUGCUGGAGGAAGGCAAGAGGCUUCUUCUGUCAAUUUGCUGUUCUGACUUGGAGAACCAGCUGACCCAGCUGGGAGAACACUGGCUCUCCUCCACCACAAAGGUCAACAAGGAGCUGCACCGCCUUGACUCCACUCUCAAACACUGGACCAGGUACCAGAGUGAGUCAGCACAGCUGAGUCAGUGGUUGCAGUCGGCUCUGGACCGGCUGGAGUUCUGGACCACUCAAUCAGUGACUGUACCACAGGAGCUAGAGACAGUCCGAGAUCACCUCUGUGCCUUCCUGGAGUUUUCCAAGGAGGUGGACGCUAAAUCAUCGUUACGUUUGUCUGUACUAAGCACAGGCAACCAACUUCUGAGAUUGAAGAGAGUAGAUACAGCUGGUCUGAGGACGGCAUUGGGCCAUGUUGACACUCAGUGGGCUGAGCUGUUGACUCGUAUCCCUGUAGUACAAGAGAAACUUCACCAGUUGCAGAUGGAGAAGCUGGCAUCACGGCAUGCCAUCACAGAGCUGAUGAGCUGGAUCUCUCUCAUGGAGAACAUCAUAGUGGAAGACCAGGACAAGAUUAUGGCAGCUGUAGGAUCAGAGGUGGUGCAGAACUUUCUGCAGAAAUACAAGGGUUUCCGCAUUGAUCUGACCUGUAAGCAGCUGACAGUGGACUUUGUUAACCAGUCAGUUUUGCAGAUCAGCGAUCAGGAUGUGGAGGGAAAGCGCAACGAUAAAACUGACUUUGCUGAGAGGCUUGGCGCCAUGAACAGACGGUGGCAGAUACUGCAGGGCUUAAUCACCGAAAAGAUUCAGCUUUUGGAGGGACUGCUCGAAAGUUGGAUGGAACACGAAAAUGGAGUUCAGGCCCUGAAAACCUGGCUCACUCUGCAGGAGGAGAAACUGAAGAAGAGACAAAGGAUGGAGGACGUAGCAUCGGUGCAGAAUGCACUUAAAGACUGUCAGGAGUUGGAGGAAUUGGUGAAGGAAAAAGAGAAAGAUCUAGAGAAAGCAGAGGAACGAGGAAAUGCCUUAAUCAAGGAUAAGAAAGUCGAAGCUUGCUCUCUUGUUAAGGAGACCCUGAAGGCGUUGAACCAGUCUUGGACUAAUUUGGACCACAUGAUAAGUCAGAAGAAGGUGAGCCUGCGUUUUGUGCUGGAGCAGUGGACGCUGUACCGGCGGGCUGCAGAGGAGAUUAACGGUCACCUGAUGGAGGGGAGUUACUCUGUGUCCAGGCUGCGCCUCCUCAAUGGAUCUCUUGAGGCGGUGCACCAGCAGGUGGAGAGUCUGGAGAACUUGCAGGAGGAGAUGGACAAACAGGAGAGCAGUCUGAAAAAGUUCGGCUCUGUGACACACCAGCUACUGACGGAGUGCCACCCGUCUGUGGCUGACACACUCAACAGAGCCCUCCAGGAUGUCAACAUCAGGUGGAACCGUCUACUAGAACAGAUCUCGGAGCAGCUGAGGAGCAGUAAGUCCUUGUUGGCCCUGUGGAAGCGCUACAUGGUGCUGUACGGUCGAUGUGUCACAGCGGUCCAGAGACAGGAAGAAAGUGCUGACCACCUACUGAAGAGCGCCACCAACAGGGAGAUCACACAGGAGGAGAGCAGAGCCUGGAUAAACGACUGCAACGAGUGCCUUGACGACCAGGCCUCAGUGCAGCAGUCCUUGAAGCAGCUGCAAGUUUUAGGGGAACAGCUGAAGAGCCAAGUCAACGCCUCAUCCUCGGCAGCCGUCCAGUCAGACCACGUGUCGCUCAGACAUCGCCUCGCAGUGACAGAGCAUGCCCUUCACAGGCAGCGAGAAGUACUGCAGGCUGGAACUCAGGCAUGCGAGGGCUUCAGGGAGCAGUUACACAUGCUGGUGCGUAAAGCUGCAGAAGCUGAGGAGAUGUUGAAGGAGCCUGAGCCAGAAGGCUCACUGGACAUUAGUGUGAUCCAGACACAUAUGGAAAAGGUCAAGGUUCACCUGCUGAAACUGAGCAGUCUGUCUCCAGACCUGGAACGUGUUAAUGGACUGGUCUUCAAACUGCCCGUCAGCGAUGCAGAUGUUAAACUCUUGCAGAGUCUCAAUCGAGCCUGGAUCACUCAUUCUGUUAGUUUGACUACCAGGUUCAGCAAGUUGCAGGUGGUGCUGCUCCAACAGCAGACUUUCCUGCAGAAAUGUGAGGCCUGGAUGUCCUUCUUAAAUGAGACGGAACACAAACUGGCUGCUGAGAUUUCAGGGAACUACGAGAGUCUGCUGGAACAGCAAAGAGACCACGAAUUAUUCCAGGCAGAGAUCUUCAGCAGACAGCAGAUUCUCUGCUCCAUCAUUGCUGAUGGCCACAACAUGGUGGAUCAGGGACAAGUGCACGACAGUGAUGGCUUCAGUGUAAACUUGGCCUUGCUGAGCAAUCAGUGGCCGUGCAUUGUGAGACGCGCUCAGCAGCGAAGGGGAAUUAUAGAUAAUCUGGUACACCAGUGGCAGAACUACCAGGAGAUGGCAGAGAAGCUGCAGCGAUGGCUCCAGGAAGUGACCCGCGACUUGGAUGUACAUCAGCCCGGAGAAGCAGUCACCUUGCAGCAGGCCAGAUACCUGGUAGACCAGAUACAGCAAAAGGAGCGAGUGCUUCAGAGGCAGCAGGGAGGCUACAUAUUGACGGUGGAGGUCGGCAGGAGCCUGCUGCUGUCGGCCGACACGAGGGCCGAGUCCACCCUGCAGACUGAACUGAUGGACACACAGGAACGGUUGCGGCACGCCCACCACUGCUUAGACCAGCAGAGGAAGGAGCUGCACGGUUUACUAAAGAACUGGGAGAGAUGUGAGAAGGGAAUCGACUCUUCACUGGAGAAGCUGAGAGCCUUCAAGAGGAAGCUGUCUGUGGUGCUGCCGGACCACCACGAGGAGCUUCAUGCCGAGCAAAUCCGAUGCAAGGAGUUGGAGAGCAGUGUGGAGAGCUGGACCGAUGACCUCACUAAUUUAUUCCUGCUGCGGGACUCCCUGGGGGGUGUGGUUAGCUCGGAUGACAUCACGAUCCUGCAGGAGCGCCUCCAGCUGCUGCAGCGUCAGUGGGACGAAGUGUGCCACCAGCUUUCGCUGCGCAGGCAGCAGGUGAGCGAGAAGCUGAACGAGUGGGCAGUGUUCAACGAGAAGAACAAGGAGCUGUGUGAGUGGCUGACGCAGAUGGAGAGCAAAGUCUCCCAGAACGGAGACAUCAGCAUCGACGAGAUGAUCGAAAAAUUGUGCAAGGAUUACCAGGAGGAGAUCAGCGUGGCCCAGGAGAACAAGCAGCAGCUGCAGGUUAUGGGCGAGCGUCUGGCCCGGGCCAGCCAGGACAGCAAAGCAGCAGAGAUCCAACACAAACUGAACAAGGUCAGCGAGCGCUGGCAGCACCUGCUCGACCUCAUCUCUGCCAGGGUGAAGAAGCUGAGGGAGACUCUGCUCGCUGUGCAACAGCUGGAUAAAAACAUGAGCAGCCUGCGGUCGUGGUUGGCUCACAUCGAGACCGAACUGUCCAGACCCAUCGUCUACGACACCUGUGAUGACCAGGAGAUUCAGAGGAAGCUCAACCAGCAGCAGGAGCUGCAGAGGGACAUAGAGAAACACAGCACGGGCGUGGCGUCCGUGCUCAACCUGUGUGAGGUCCUGCUGCACGACUGCGAUGCCUGCUCCACAGAGACGGAGUGCGACUCCAUCCAACAGGCCACCCGCGGCCUCGGCAGGCGCUGGAGGAACAUCUGCGCCAUGUCGGUGGAGAGGAGGCUCAAGAUUGAGGAGACGUGGAGGCUGUGGCAGAAGUUUCUGGACGACUAUUCCAGGUUUGAGGAGUGGCUGAAGGCCUCGGAAAGGACGGCAGCUGCGCCCAAUUCCUCCGCAGUUCUGUACACCAUUGCUAAAGAGGAGCUCAAGAAAUUUGAGGCGUUCCAGCGUCAGGUGCAGGAGUGCCUGACCCAACUGGAGCUGAUCAACAAGCAGUACAGACGCCUCACCCGUGAGAACCGAACAGAUUCCGCUUGCCGUCUCAGAGAAAUGGUGCAUGAUGGGAACAGACGGUGGGACAACCUGCAGAAAAGGGUGGCUGCUAUCCUUCGUAGACUCAAGCACUUCAUCAGCCAAAGGGAGGAGUUUGAGACGGCACGAGACAGCAUCCUGGUCUGGCUGACUGAGAUGGAUCUGCAGCACACCAACAUAGAGCACUUCUCAGAGUGCGACGUUCAGGCCAAAAUCAAACAGCUCCGGGCGUUCCAGCAGGAGAUCUGUCUGAAUACGGGGAAGAUCGAGCUGGUCUUCAGGCAGGGCGAUUCCCUUAUUGGGAAAAGCGAACCUCUGGAUGCCGCCGUCAUUGAAGAGGAGCUGGAGGAGCUGCAGAGGUACUGCCAGGAGGUGUUUGGACGAGUCGACAGAUACUACAAGAAGCUCACACGUCUGCCUUUUGCUGAUGACGAGCUGGAUGGCUCGGACAAAGAACUGGACAUGGAGGGAGGUCAUGAUCUCUCUGAGCUUCAGGCAGGAGACCAGCCCAAGAUAACCAACCGUCCAGCAUCAGGCACCAUCACCCGCACACGGGCGGACCGCUCAGGGAGGGACACCCCGGCCAGUGUGGACUCCCUCCCCUUAGAGUGGGACCAUGAUUAUGACCUGGAGAGCCUUGGCGGUCAGGGUCUCGGAGACCAGAGGAGCCAAGAGCAGGAUGACGAGUAUCUGAAGACGACAGCUACAUUGCUGUCAGACGUAGUAAUCCCAGAGAGCCCUGAUGCCUAUAUAACGCUGACCGAGAACAUGUUAAAAUCAUCGUCUGUCGAACGAGGCCAUCUAGAGGCCAGUGUGGGGCAGCUGGUCCAGGCCGACGCUGACCGCUCCACCCCGGACGUCGACUCCUCGUACAUGGGUUAUAUGCGUCUGAUGGGGGAGUGUCGGGGGAGUAUAGACGCCGUGAGAAGAGCGGAGGGAGAACUGACUGAAGAGGAAGAAGACACACCGGGACUCAACAACACCUCUGGCGCAGACACCCAGAGUGCAGGCGUGAUUGAGCGCUGGGAGCUGAUCCAGGCUCAGUCCCUGAGUGAGAACAGACAUAAGCAGAACCUGCAGCAGUGGCAGCAGCUGAUCUCAGACCUGCAAACUCUGAGAACCUGGCUGGGUGAGUGUGAGGCCAAACUGAACCAGCACAGAGGACUCGGCCUCAGCACGGACAUACGCACAAUCCAGCAGAGAAUCCGGAAGCUGAAGGACCUACAGAAAGGAAUGGACGCCCACAAGUCGGCGGUCCUGUCCAUCAACCUGAGCAGUGCCGAUUUCCUCCAGUCUGACUCCAACUCUGAGGAGGCGUGGGAGCUGAGGGACAGGCUGAAAGAAAUGAACGCCCACUGGGACUGGCUCAGCGCCUCAAUUGAGGAGUGGAGGGAGGAGCUCCAACGAGCGCUGAUGCAGUGCCAGGAGUUCCACGAAAUGAGCCACGGCCUGCUGCUGUGGCUGGAGAACAUUGACCGCAGGAGGAACGAGCUGGUGCCCGUUGCUCCCAAACUGGACCGUGAAACUUUACGAGCUCGCCACCGAACGCUGUCGAAAAUCAAGCAGGAGCUGCUGGACUCGGAGCAGAAAGUUUCGUCUCUCCAGGAGCUGUCAGCUCAGCUGCUGGUCGACACCAAACCUCAGGCCGAGCCGCCGCACGCCUCAGUACAGACCCGGGGCAGCGAGUGCCUGGAGGCCCAGGAGAAGGUGCACGUGAUCUCCAACAGGCUGAAGCUGCUCCUCAGGGAGAUCAGCGGCAACCUGCAGGGACUGGAGGCCAUGGACACGCAGCAGAGUUCCUCAACAGCGCCUCCUACCAGCAAAUCAGAAAUCUCUACAUCAGCUGCUCAGGUGCCCAAGACAGCUGUCCAAAAUCAGAAACAAUCGCCCCGAGGCAAAAGUAGUCAGGCCCACCCAGGACACCCUGAAAGCCGCCCGCGCCACAGCCGGCGCAGAUCACCAGGCACCGCUGGCUGCGUUUCCUCCCGUUCUGACCUCCCGGCCGACGUCUCCUCCUCUUCCACCAACUGGCCCUUCUUCCUGCGGGUGCUCAGGGUUGCGCUUCCGCUGCAGCUGCUUCUCCUGCUCCUCAUCGGCAUGGCCUGUUUGGUGCCAAUGACCGAGGAGGACUACAGCUGCCACCACGCCAACAACUUCGUCCGCUCCUUCCAUCCCAUGCUGCACUACACCAACGGUCCUCCGCCCAUAUGAGCGCCACCGACUCCAGUGAAUGUUCUCACCCGUGCCGUCCAGCAACAGACUCCAAUGAGAGCCACAUGCAUAAGAAGAGAUUUGCAGGUGAUAUGUCCCUCGCCGACAUUGCACAACUGCUGCCAUGAAGUCGCCUCCAAACUGUCUGCAGAGGAAGUGGACCUUCACCUGGGGCCCCCUGCUGCCCCAAUCCAAAAAAUGCAUCGUAUUAGUUCUGUUAGUAGGUUUGUUUAUGAACCCAUGAAAACAAAGUACUAUUUAUAUACUGUAUGUUGGGAGCCAAAGUCUACUGUGCUUUUUUAUCCAGUGCUGCUAUUUAUUUAGUGUUCAAUCACUCUCGGACGUCGGGUUCUGCCGAGUCUGAAAUCCCAGAUUCAACAACGCAGAAAGGAGUUUGCUGAAGUGGUUCAGACUCCUGAACCUCAGCGAUGGUUUAUCUGGACAACGUAGAACGAGCUUUGGGAUCCCACAGGAGGAGACAGACCUCCUGCCGUGAUGACCGGGCCUCAUGUGAGCGGUCUAAAUGAAGCAGCAAAUCAUUCUUAGAUGGGAGGAGCUUCUUUCAAAAACCAGACAGCUGCGGUUUUGAAGAUCUGUUAGAACAAAACACCUGCAGAGAAAAAUCGAAAACGAGUUCUUCCUUGAAAAGGUGAGACACACAGAUUCGAAUUAAGAUGUUUACAUUUUUGGAAACGAAGUCAUGUUGAAACUUAAAGCACUGAUGCGAGAACUGUUGAAGGUACUGCACUGACGCUGACGUCUUUCCCACAGAAAUGAAGCGCUUGUAUUCCUGUUUUUACUUUCAGUAUUUAAUCAUCUGAAGCAAAUACAAAUAAUAUUAAUAAUAGUAACAAUGACAACAAUGUGGUUUGUAUAUUAUUUGAAGACGGUUAUUUUUUACACUGAGCAUGCGUUUGCUUUUCUCACCAAUCACUGCUAGUUUGAAGCAGAUUACCGUGACAGCAAAUGAUGCGCUUUGUAAGACGUGCAAAUUGUUUGCUGCCAUGGAGACAUCAAUCACUGUUAAAAACAAUCUGUAUAAGCAAAAAAAAAAAAAAAAAAAAAUUAUUUAUGUAUGUACAGUUUGCUAAUUCCUGCAUUAUGAAGAAUUCCUUUUUUU